AUCGGGCAAUUUAUAGCACAAGCAAGUCUUGAUGCUAAUCGAAGAAAUUAUAUUCUUGUUCGAUCAUUCCCAGAUAAUUUUCAUCCUAAGAUUAAAAUUAUCAAAGGAUUUGAAGAUAAAGGGGCCAUAAUAUUGCACGGUGCUAUAAAUAACCAAAAAUUCAUGGAGGACACACUAAGGAAGCAUGAGAUUGAUAUAGUAAUAUCAGCUGUGGGUGGUGAAAGUAUACGCGAUCAACUUGUCCUUGUUCAAGCCAUGAAAGCUGUUGGAACUAUUAAGAGAUUUUUGCCAUCAGAGUUUGGACAUGAAGUAGACAGGUCAGAUCCAGUGGAGCCAGGGCUAAAUAUGUAUAAAGAAAAGAGGAAAGUGAGAAGGUUGAUAGAGGAAAUGAGUAUACCUUAUACUUAUAUUUGCUGCAAUUCAGUGGCUUCGUGGCCUUAUUAUGAUAAUAAGCAUCCUUCCGAAGUUCUUCCUCCUCUUGAUCAUUUCCAAAUUUAUGGUGAUGGCACUGUCAAAGCUUACUUUGUAGCUGGUGCUGAUAUUGGGAAAUUCACAAUCAAAGCAGCAGAAGACAAUAGGACAGUGGAUAAAGGUGUACAUUUUCGACCACAAUGCAACUUCCUUAACAUGAACGAAAUUGCUACUCUUUGGGAAACUAAAAUUGGUCGAACACUACCAAGAGUCACCAUCACUGAGGAUGUCCUAUUAGCUGUUGCUGCAGAGAAAAUCAUCCCCAAAAGUGUGGUUGCAGCUUUGACACAUGAAAUUUUCAUAAGGGGCUGUCAAAUUGAAUUUUCAAUUGAUGGUAUUAAGGACCUUGAAGUCUGUGAUUUGUACCCCAAUGAGUCCUUUUGCACCAUGGAUGAGUGCUUUAAUGAUUUCCUUUUAAAGAUGGAUGACAUGCUCAAAAUGUCUAUUAACUAGAACAAGUUUGCAAUUUGUGCUAUUUAAUCCAACUAUCUGUCCUUUUAUCCUAAACACAUGGUGAAAGAGAAAUUUUUUCUCUCCAUUCUUCAUGAGUAAACUUUUGUAUUCCUUUUUCCUUAUUUUGAUGUAAUAUUUGCCCUUUUCCUUAUUCUUGAAGCAUUUA